AUGGCAGAUUCAAGUUCUUCUCUCCUUCCUCUUUGCGAAAGGAUUUCACACAAAAGCUACAUUUUAAGAAUUGUCGAUCUCACAAUUCUCGUUCUUCUCUUUUCUCUUCUCUGGUACCGAAUCCUACAUAUGUGCGAAAACAACACCAUUUGGCUUGUGGCUUUUCUCUGUGAAUCUUGUUUCUCAUUCAUGUGGUUGAUUAUUACCUGCAUAAAAUGGAGUCCUGCUGAAGAUAAACCCUAUCCAAAUAGACUUGAUGAAAGGGUUCAUGACCUUCCUUCAGUAGAUAUGUUCGUGCCCACGGCAGAUCCGGUUAGGGAGCCGCCGAUUAUUGUUGUGAACACUGUGCUUUCGCUAUUAGCUGUGAAUUAUCCAGCGAAUAAACUAGCGUGUUAUGUGUCGGACGAUGGAUGUUCUCCUCUCACUUACUUUUCUCUCAAGGAAGCUUCUAAGUUCGUUAAAAUUUGGGCUCCCUUCUGCAAGAAAUACAACGUUAGAGUUAGAGCUCCUUUUAGAUAUUUCUUAAACCCUUUGGUUGCAACAGAUGAUUCAGUAUUCAGCAAAGAUUGGAAAAUGAUGAAGAUUUAUAAGGUUUUUUAUUAUGUUUAUUUUUGUAUUAAUAUGAAGAGGGAGUACGUGAAGUUAUGCCGGAAAGUUGAAGAUGCCACAGGAGAUUCCCAUUGGUUGGAUGCAGACGAUGAUUUUGAAGCUUUCUCAAACACAAAACCAAAUGAUCAUUCAACUAUUGUUAAGGUAUUACUAAAAUUGUUUUUAAAAACUACAGUCAGGGUAUUUGUACAAUUUUCCAAAGUUAUGUACAUAUUAAAACUUAUAAUAGUGGUAUGGGAGAACAAGGGAGGUGUAGGAGACGAGAAAGAAGUCCCUCAUCUUGUAUACAUUUCAAGAGAGAAAAGACCAAAUUACCUUCAUCAUUACAAAACUGGAGCCAUGAACUUUCUGGUUAACGAUUUUUAUCUUACACAUCUCUCUUUUUUUGAUAUAUUAAUAUAUUUAAAAAUAAAUGUCAAUGAUUGUAGAGCUGUUUCUUUUUGUUAUUAUGAUAAAAAUAUGAUGAGCCUAAUAUAUAAUUUUAAACAGUUAAGAGUGUCAGGAUUGAUGACAAAUGCACCAUACAUGUUGAACGUAGACUGUGACAUGUAUGCCAAUGAACCAGAUGUGGUGCGACAAGCAAUGUGUGUAUUUUUACAAAACUCAAAGAACUCAAACCAUUGUGCUUUUGUUCAGUUCCCUCAAAACUUCUAUGAUUCUUACACCAACGAACUUGUCGUCUUACAACAUUAUAUGAAACGAGGAGUUGCGGGAAUCCAAGGACCGAUAUAUAUUGGAUCAGGCUGCUUCCACACUAGAAGAGUUAUGUACGGUUUAUCUUCAGACGAUUUAGAAGACGAUGGAAGUCUUUCUUCGGUUGCUUCAAGGGAGUUUUUGUCCGAGGAUAGUUUAGUGAGGAAAUAUGGGAGUUCCAAAGAGUUGGUGAAAUCAGUGGUGGAUGCAUUGCAAAGAAAAUCAAACCCCCAAAAAAGUCUUGCAAACCUCGUAGAAGCGGCCCAAGAAGUGGGGCAUUGUCACUACGAGUACCAAACCAGUUGGGGCAACCUCGGUUGGUUAUAUGAUUCAGUGGCAGAAGAUACAAACACGAGUAUUGGAAUCCAUUUGAGAGGAUGGACUAGUUCAUUCAUUUCUCCGGACCCUCCCGCGUUUCUAGGAUCAACUCCGUCGGUAGGACCAGAGGCGAUAGUCCAACACCGGCGAUGGGCAACGGGAUCGAUCGAAGUCCUUUUUAACAAACAAAGUCCGUUGAUCGGUUUCCGUCGGAAAAUAAAAUUCCGACAAAGAUUAGCUUAUUUUUGGGUUCUCAUGUGUAUAAGGUCAAUCCCUGAGCUCGUGUACUGUCUCUUGCCUGCUUAUUGCCUACUCAACAACUCUGCCUUGUUUCCCAAGGGACCUUGUCUAGGCAUAAUAGUCACACUUGUGGGGAUGCAUUGUCUCUACACUCUAUGGCAAUUCAUGAUCCUUGGUUUUUCGGUAAAAUCGUGUUGGUUAUUUAGCAUCCAAGAUAUCAUACUCAAGCUUCUUGGAAUCUCGAAAAUCGGUUUUAUAGUCGCGAAAAAGAAUAUGCCUGAGACUAGGUCAGGAUAUGAAUCUAAAUCUAAACCAUCUCAAGGAGAAGAUGAUGGUCUAAAAUUAGAGUUAGCUGGUUUUUUGGUUCGUCUACAACGGUCAAGUUAUAGUCAUGGAGGAGGAGGUGGUUCGGCUUUGGCAGAGACUUGUGGAUGUGCUAUGAUUGUUUUUGGUGAAAAUGAUGGAUCUCAAGAAGGUCUUGAAUUGCCUAAACUUAACUCAAAGAGAGGUAUCUCCUCAAUUGUUGAAAAAACGUUUGUGGCAUGCAUCUUACCAUUUGUAAGAAAUCAUAAAGUAAAUGAAAAAAAAAAUCACCACAUUAAUAUAGAUAGACCAAAUUUGUUGUGA